AUGCCGAUCAUCAAUCUUGGACCGUUCGGACGCUACCGUCUCUCAAAGCUACACGACACAGCCGAACAACAAAGUCUACUAGAGGAUAAAAAAUAUUCAAAAACUGGUGGCACUGCCUCGAAGUCACUACCUUCUUAUACAUCACAAGGUGAAAACUGCGUGCCUCUGGGCUUGCCACCGAAGGAAAUAAGACACUGUGCUCCUCCCAAGGCUCAAAAGCCAAGCAGUCAAGUUCAGCAGCUGCAGCGAUACAUCCUCGAAAUCCUCGCGAUUACUUUCUCCGCACAUUUCGACACGCUCAACAGGGCUCUCCAGGAUCCAACAUCAGAAGGCACUACUACAAUCCUCUGCGACGAAGAGCGAUCGGAGCUUCUGGCGCUAUCGGGUCUUGUACGCAAAUGCCACGAUCAGCUACAUCGCGAUCCGGAAACGCGUAUCGUGGCCAAAGACGAGAUGACACUAAGCGACAAGAUCUCCCAGCCCGGUCUGCAACUAGAGUACAACCUGGGCGAGUACGCCUUAGAAUUGAUAGAAUGGUACGGAUCCUACACUCGUGCGUAUGGGAAUAGCCACACCUGGCAAUACACGAUACCUGGCUAUUGGGAGAAGAACCCUACGAUGGGUUUCAACAAUCUCAAGGAAAGCAUGCAGCAUACGGCGCCUAGCCAGCAUGUUUUCGACAUUCUGCACGAAGCAUGGGAUGUCUGCCGAGAAAAGCGCGGACUUGAAUGCGAAUACGAAUUCCUAAGGAGCAGCAAUCCGAUCUACUGGGCUAGACGGAACGGAUAUGAUCUCAUGGGAUCGAUUCUGUCGCUGUAUGGUACGACGCUUGAAUUUGCGGGCAACGCGCCGGUGAGGCCGCGAUUUCUGUGCGGAAAGCCACCGAGAUUCCUGUGGAAAGCCGCGUGGGGAGGAGGUGGUCGGUAG